UCACAAAUGGCAAGUCAACAAGAAACAGCUGGGUUAAAUUCAACACAAUUAAUUUUAUCGUUGCCAAGUUUAGUUUGGCAUGAGACACUUUUUCCUUUUAGCAUUUUGGGCUUUGUUUCUUUAAUGAUUAUGACUGUUGGUGGAUCUACAACAAGCGCCAUUCUAACUGGUAAUGCGCCGAGUUGGCUCGCUUCAAAUACAACCAUGACAACAUAUUUAUGGAUAUAUUCGAUAAUGUUUUAUUUCCCAAAUUUUCACCAAUAUUUUACUUCAAUACCUCCAUUCAUUCUUGAUCCAAUUCUUAUAACGGCUGAUGGCUUUAUUCGUGCUAAUGCAAUAUGUUCAUCAGGUGUAGACAGAAUUCGAUUUGGCAAGCAUGAUAACCCUUUAUUGAACACAAGUUGGGUUGCUAUUUUGAUCUGUGGAACAUUAUCUGGUUGCGGUGGUGGUUUAUGGGAGUCUACUUUUCAACUUGCAUCACCGAAAUGGACAUUUUCUACACCUCCAGCUUUUAUAAAUCCUCCUUAUGAUAUGAAGACGAGUUUUAUUACUGCUUUGCUUUAUACAUUAACAACUUCAGAUAUUCAAUUUCCAAUAAUGUCUUUUACACCAAUGUUAGACAUUGAUCAAGGAAGAGCUCUUGCGAUCAUUUGCUUUGUAGGGCUUAAUUUGGCCAAAUUGAAAGAUCCUACACACAUUAGAUAUUCGCAGGAAACAAAAAGUAUCGAAAACAAAGACAAAGUGCAAUAA